AAUUCUCUUGUUUUUUUUUAUUUUAAGAUCUAAAACUCAUUUAAAGUGUUUAGCUUUGAUCUCUUUUAUUUGAAUAUCCAUGUCCCAGUACCUCACGGUUAGCAGACCAGGCUACCUAGGACUCUAACACACGAGGAAAUUUAACACGCGAAGAUGGGUAAGGCGAAGAAGACACGGAAAUUUGCGGCGGUGAAAAGGCUGAUUUCGCCAAAAGACGCCAGAAUAAAGAAGAACAAAGAAGAGGAGGAAAAGAAGAAGAAAAAGAAAGAAGAAAGCACUCGCCACGUAGAGCAAACUUCUUCAGCUCUAUUUUUUCAAUAUAACACCCAGCUCGGACCGCCAUAUUAUGUGCUUGUGGACACCAACUUUAUCAAUUUUUCGAUCAAGAACAAGCUAGAGAUUCUCAAAUCAAUGAUGGACUGCCUCUAUGCUAAAUGUAUCCCAUGUAUAUCAGAUUGUGUAAUGGCUGAGUUAGAAAAACUAGGGGCAAAAUACAGAGUUGCCUUAAGGAUAGCAAAAGACCCAAGAUUCCAGAGACUGCCUUGCAUGCAUAGUGGGACUUAUGCAGAUGACUGUAUUGUUAACAGAGUAAAACAGCAUAAAUGCUACAUAGUCGCAACAUGUGACAGAGAUCUAAAAAGAAGAAUACGGAAAGUUCCUGGCGUCCCAAUCAUGUACAUCUCACAACACAGAUACACCAUAGAGCGAAUGCCCGAUGCUUAUGGAGCCCCAAAGAUUUGAAAGAAGACAGCAACACUAUUUGGAGUGCUGGGGUGUAGAAUAUUGUUCUUCAAACUUCUCCAGGCUUGGCAUGGGUUGUGAAAAAUAUGCUCUAUAAUCAACAUCGUAAUAUAAAUGUAAUUUCGUUUUCAUUCGUUGUUGUAAAUAAAACAAAUGACCAAUAA